GGGAUAUGUAAGAGAAUCUCCUUUGUCUACAGCAGAGGUGACAAACUCAAUUUUAUUGUGGGUGAAAAAUAACCCUUUAUAUACCUAAUACUAGCGCCACGUUUCUUUACAAACAAGACCCAGAGGGUAAUUAUUUGUUCCCCAGUACUUACAGCAGAGGCAUAAUGAUCUACUUGCUUCUCCUCGGACUUGCCAUCAUCUUGCCGAAGUCUACUGUUUUGUCAGAAAGCAGUUACUCCAUGAAGGAAGCUUACUCUCAGUCCCUGGCACUCAGCAGGAAAAUGCACCAAGAUGUCCGUAUCUUGCUGCUCAAAUAUAAGCAGCAGCAGAUGGGUACCCAAUCAUUUGAGGAUUUCAGCUUCUUGAUGGCAAGCCUUCCAGUGAUUAAUAUGAACUUCAGCUACUGGCUGAACAUGGAGGAAGGAAAGCGGAUUCAGCUCAUUAUUAAAGACCUAAAAGUGUUUCAGAGUCACAUUGAAGCCAAAUGCCUGUAUGAAGAGCAACAUCUCCAUCAGUCCCAGCUGGUACAAGAUCUGCAGCUCAUCAAGUGUGAUAUUAGCGAUUUGGUCUUUCAGAUGCAUCUCCAGCUCAAGUCUCUUAAUGUACCUGUCCCGGUUGUGAGCGAGCCAUUGGUCCCAAAAAGUCUGCUUAAUCCUCAGCUAGAGUGGAACAGCAAACUGCAGGGCUAUAUUAUUCUACGAGAUCUGGAGCAGUACCUGGGCAAGGUGGUCCGUGAUUUCACCUUCCUAAAAUCCAAAUACUAGGAUGGAAAUAGUAACCACUCUCUUUCUUCAAUACUUCUCAGUGUAAUGCUUCUCAUGCUCUUUGUUUUUGCCUUCCCUCCCUCUCCAGAGUUACUUAGUUGCCCUCUGAACAUGUUUUUACUGCACCUUGAAGGAAAUG